GUUAACGUUAUAGCUUCUGGCCAGUUUAGUGAAGAUAUGAUACCUACAGUUGGGUUCAACAUGAGGAAAAUCAGUAAAGGGAAUGUCACAAUUAAAUUAUGGGAUAUUGGAGGACAGCCGAGGUUCAGAAGUAUGUGGGAGAGGUAUUGCAGAGGUGUGAAUGCUAUAGUAUACAUGGUUGAUGCUGCGGAUCAUGACAAAAUAGAGGCCUCACGGAAUGAACUACACAAUUUAUUAGACAAACCACAGUUACAGGGUAUCCCUGUGUUAGUUCUAGGAAACAAACGGGACCUUCCGGGUGCAUUAGAUGAAAAACAGCUCAUUGAACAAAUGAAUUUAUCAGCUAUCCAAGAUAGAGAAAUUUGCUGCUAUUCUAUAUCAUGCAAAGAAAAAGAAAAUAUAGACAUAACGUUACAGUGGUUGAUACAGCAUUCCAAAGGCCAUUAAAGUUGGGGUACCAGUCAUUAUACAGUCAUGUCACAGCAAUAUUUCAUCAUCCAUCUAUAGAUAAUGAAUGCCGGGGUACAGCAUGGAGUACCAGAAGUCUGAAAUCUUAGCCAAAAACAUUUUGUUGGACAGACAUCAGAGGAAAUUGAAAAUUUUAAGUUGUAUAAUAAACUCAGUAACUGUUGUUUUCUACUAAAGGUAGUAUUGCAAUUAAGAUUUCAAAGUUGUGUCAAAGAACAGCGUUCUAGUCGUUUCCAUGACUUCCAAACUAAUUACUAAAGGUUGAAUGACUAAAUUGUUAACACUUAACCCUUAUCGUGCUGGACACAAUUGAUUCUGCCUUUGCGAUUAGUGUAUAUCAUGAUCAGUCUGCACCCCUUUUAACAGUUAAUGGUACUGUCCAAAGUGAAAGAUGGACAAGUUCAUUAUAGAAAUUUAGCAGGGUAAGGGUUAAUAACAGUCACAUUGUAUGUGUGAUUUUGUUUUAGUCACUUGUCACUGAGAUAGAUUUUUAGAGAAAAUAUUUGAAAGAGAUGCAAUGUUUUUCGUUAAUUUUUUUUAUGUUAACUUUUUUUUUUUAUUUGAUCUAAAUAAUAUAUAGGAACAUAAAAAUGAUGCUUCAAAACUAGGUGAACUAGGGGAUAUGUCUUUGGACAUAAAUAAAUAUAAUCUUGCUGCAGUGAAGUAGACUGUAUCUCCAUGCAUGAGUCACUGCUUUCUGUUCCCGGCUGUUUUCUGAUUUAAUAAUUAAUGAAAAAUUAAUUCUUAUUUUCAUAGCUGCAGGGUUCAUCUUUGCCAGAUACAGAUAUUCAUGUACUGCAGUAUUUGUCAAUAAAAGCACAAUUACUUAGGUAUUUUUAUUAACAAAAUUGAACAAGGCCCUACUUUUCCUGUGACUUAAAACAUAUUUUUUUCAAAAACACAGUUCAUUAAGUUCAUGUAUUACAGUGUUUCAUUAAAAAAUGUGUAUAAAUUGUAAAAUAUAUAUAGAUUAUAUUUCCAUAUUUUGCACAAUUUUGUUUGAGAGUUGUGAAUAUGUGUUGGAAGUAUGAUGAAUGCUAUUUAUUUGUGAAUGAAAGAAAUAUGCAUUUUAGAUAUACAGUGAUUCUGUAUCUUGCAUUGAUACACUAGAUUGAGAUGAAUUAUGUCUUAUCAUGAGGGUUUUUGAUUUGUUAGCAUUCAUGUACAGUGCAAUUGGCAGAUUUAAAAUGAGUGGGAGAGGGGACUCUUAAAGUUGCUGACUUCAUAUCACUUGCCUCUCACACCUGUAGGUUCGAAAACACGCUUGUGGUUAAGAAUUCUUAAAUGUGAGGCAGCCAUCCAGCUUGCUUAUACAGGCUUAUUUGUUCAACCCACAUGUUAUGAAAUAUUGGCCAGAGUACCACCAGGGGUUUACCUCCACCAUCAAAAGCUAGAAAAGUUACCAUAUGUUGGUGUAGCGUACAACCCAACAAAAAAGAAAAACAAAUAAAAUGGAGGUGAAUAUUAGAUACCAAUAUGCCAGUAGAUAUAACAGGCUAUAAGCAGCUAGUCGUUCACUAGUUUAAAGCUGCUAACAUGUAAAGGUGUAAAAAAUACCAAAUGCACAGUAGGUAAUUUAAGAUUAAUUUUCCGCUGCAUAAAUUUUGAUGUGUCAAUAAUAAGCAUUUCCAGGUCAGUUCUACUGACUAGAGUAGAAUUACAGAAAAAUGAAAGUAAAUUUUGCUUUUCAAUGCCUUCUUCAUAAGUAUGAAGUAAACUUUUCAUUUCCUCAUAAGUAUUAUAAGUAAGGUAUGAGCACUGAUUUAUAGAAAAAAAAGUAAAAGAAAAUUUGU